AUGAGUCUAAGCGAGCAAGAGGGCGAGCAGGUUGGGAGGAGGAGCGUCCUUUCCCUCCUCUCCACACUAGGCGCUGCUCAGCUAGUCUCCUCCUUCUCCAAGGAUGCGGUGGCAGCAGAGGCGGCGGAUGGGAACGACGGGGUUUGUCAGAGUAUGCUAGGAUGCAACCAGCCCAAGAACCUACCUCCUCCCAAGAGAGUGUACAGGGACAUCUUCGAGGAGGAGAGAGAGCUUGCUCGUCAGAGGGAGGCGGAGGCGGAGGCGGCAAGAGCGGAGCAGAGGAAGAAGCAGAUGCUCGCGCUGAAGAAUCAAACUGAGGUCCUGAUCUCGGGGAGGAAGACGUUGGAGAAGGACAUGCAGGAGGCUUUCAAGCAGCUUGACGGUCAGGCCGACGACUUCUCGGCAUGGGACGACGUGAGGAGGAUGGCAAGGCUGUACGAUACGGCUCUUCGAAAGGAUGGAAUGAACUUGCUGAUAGAUAAAAUCAAGAAGGCGAAGCUCCAAGUUGACAAGUCAAAGGCCGACGACAACGCCAACAAGUUCAACAAGGCUCUUCAGAACCUGGACAAGGCGGCGAAGAAGAGAAAUAUGGAGGAAGUGAGGGGAUACUUGAACGAAGCCCUUAGUGCCUUCGAUGGUUGGACUGCGCUGCUGCCGGAUUUCUCGUGA